AUGGCUCCUGGUGACGGCUUCACCCUUGGAAGGGGGGAUGGCUCUGCUGGGACAGCCCUGGGAGGGGCGUGCUCAAGGUGCUCCUUCCUUGAUUUGGAUUCCCGCCUGCCCUCGUGCCUCUGUCCUUCCCCGGGCUUGUGGAGAUGGGCCUUCAAUGGGCUGACGGCUCCAGUGGUGGGUCUAGAAGAACCUGGGCUGGGAUCUGCUUUUGCUAAAGCAAAACCUGAAAGUCCUUGGACAUCUCUGACCCGCAAAGGAAUCGUGAGAGUUGUUUUCUUUCCAUUCUUCUACAGGUGGUGGCUACAAGUGACAUCGAGGGUCAUCUUUUUCUGGCUGCUUGUUCUUUACCUUCUUCAAGUUGCUGCUGUAGUGUUAUUCUAUACAGCCCAAAGCCCACAUAAUAUACCUCUGACUGAAGUAAUUGGGCCAAUAUGGCUAAUGUUGCUACUUGGAACUGUGCAUUGUCAGAUUGUUUCAACACGAACUCCUAAGCCACCUCCCAGCACAGGGGGUAAAAGAAGAAGGAAAUUAAGGAAAGCAGCACAUUUGGAAGUACAUAGGGAAGGAGAUGGCUCUAGUACCACAGAUAACACACAGGAGGGAACAGUGCAGAGCUACGGUACAAGCACCUCUUGCAGUAUUGGCGCUGUCUUCAGAGAUAUCUGGCAUGCUGCUUUCUUUUUAUCAGGAUCUAAGAAAGUGAAAAACUCAAUAGAUAAAUCCACUGAGACUGAUAAUGGCUACGUGUCCCUUGAUGGGAAAAAGACGGGUAAAAGCAGUGAAGAAUGUAUGCAGGCCCAUGAACGUCGAUGUGAAGUGAUUAAGCCAGAAGAGUCAGGCUGGAGCACUGCAACAGUGAGAGAUGCCUUCAACAAUCACAGUCAUCACAAAGAUAUUCACAGGACUGUGACAAAUUUAUCAGAUGAAGUUUCUAGUGAGGAAGGGCCUGAAACUGGAUAUUCUUUACGUCGCAAUGUAGAACGCGCUUCUAGUGAUUGCACACUUCGAAACAGGAAAUCUCACCAUUAUAAGAAACACUAUCCUCUAGAGGAUACACCUAAAUCAGGUACUAGCUGCAGUUCUCGGUGUUCAAGCUCCAGACAAGAUUCUGAGAGUGCGAGGCCGGAAUCUGAAACCGAAGAUGUGCUGUGGGAGGACCUCUUACACUGUGCAGAGUGCCACUCUUCCUGUACCAGUGAGACAGAUGUAGAAAGCCCUCAAGUGAAUCCAUGUGUGAAGAAAGAAUAUAGAGAUGACCCAUUUCAUCAG